AUGGCGGCACAAGAGAGCGGCAGGAGUGCAGCCUCGGCCACCGCCACCAUGACGGUGUGCCGUGGCCGCCGCUUCCUUGGAGUCCGGCAGAGGCCGUCGGGCCGGUGGGUGGCCGAGAUCAAGGACUCGGUGCAGCGCGUACGCCUGUGGCUCGGCACCUUCGACACCGCCGAGGACGCGGCGUGCGCCUACGACGAGGCGGCACGCGCGCUGCGCGGGGAGAACACGCGCACCAACUUCGCCGCACGGCACGGCGCCGCGGCGAGGGCCAGGCUGAGCAAGAACCUGCAGCAUGUCAUGGCCAGGGCGGCCGCGGGCAGGUCGCCGUCGGGGCGCGGCGCCGGGGUGGGCGACCAGUUCGCGCUCGCCGCGGUGUUCCGGGAUUGGCAGCAGCCGGCGCUCUCGCCGCAGCUGCCCCUGGGCUGCCGCGCCGAGGCGGAGACCGUGCACGUGGCGGCCAGCUCGGUGCAGCCGAGCUUCGUCGUGCCGAGGCGGACGGAGGCGCCGCCGCCGUCGGAUACCGCCGGAGGAGCUGGAGACGAUGCUUGGGCCGCGGACGUCUUGGAGUUGGACGGCGGCGGGGAGACGAGCGCGGAGAAGGCGUUCAAGGUUUCGUCGUCUGUGAUCGUGCCGUCCAAGUUCGGUGCAGCGCCGGAGUUGUUUGGCCUCGACGGUUUCUAG